GAAACUGGAGACAUGGUUUACAGCAGGUCACUAAUGCUGGAAAAAGUACAGAGUCCAGGGGAACACUGGCUUACAACUUUCAGAAUUCUGGAAUUUUUUUUUCUUUUUUCUUAACUUUCACUAGGGGAAUAAGGGUUACUGUAAUCUGAAGUAUCUUUCCAAGGUCACAAAAUAUGACAAGCUUCAAUUUUUCUCAUGUUCAAUGAUUUCUGCCAUAAGCCAAAGGAUUGCCUAUAAUUUCACUAAGGAUGUCUGCUAAUUCGGAUACUGGGGAGUUGCAAGAAUUUCUAAAGCAUGGACUUACUCCUAUUGGUGCUGGGCUUCCGGACGGACACCGACCCCCCAUUCCCGCCCGCAGCCGCCUGGUCAUGCUGCCCAAAGUGGAGACGGAAGCCCUGGGACUGGCCCGGUCGCAUGGGGAACAGGGGCAGAUGCCGGAAAACAUGCAAGUAUCUCAGUUUAAAAUGGUGAAUUACUCCUAUGAUGAAGAUCUUGAAGAGCUGUGUCCUGUGUGUGGUGAUAAAGUAUCUGGGUACCAUUAUGGUCUCCUCACCUGUGAAAGCUGCAAGGGGUUUUUUAAGCGAACAGUCCAAAAUAAUAAAAGGUACACGUGUAUAGAAAACCAGAACUGCCAAAUUGACAAAACACAGAGAAAACGUUGUCCUUACUGUCGAUUUCAAAAAUGUCUAAGUGUUGGAAUGAAGCUGGAAGCGGUAAGGGCUGACCGAAUGCGAGGAGGCAGGAAUAAGUUUGGGCCGAUGUACAAGAGAGACAGGGCCCUAAAGCAACAGAAGAAAGCCCUCAUCCGAGCAAACGGACUUAAGCUGGAAGCCAUGUCUCAGGUGAUCCAGGCUAUGCCCUCGGACCUGACCAUCUCCUCUGCAAUUCAGAACAUUCAUUCUGCCUCCAAAGGCCUACCUCUGAACCAUGCUGCCUUGCCUCCCACGGACUACGACAGAAGUCCUUUUGUCACAUCCCCCAUUAGCAUGACAAUGCCUCCUCAUGGCAGCCUGCAAGGUUACCAACCAUAUGGUCACUUUCCAAGUCGGGCCAUCAAGUCUGAGUACCCAGAUCCCUAUACCAGUUCACCAGAGUCCAUAAUGGGCUACUCCUAUAUGGAUAGUUACCAGACGAGCUCUCCAGCAAGCAUCCCACAUCUCAUACUGGAACUUUUGAAGUGUGAACCAGAUGAGCCUCAAGUUCAAGCCAAAAUUAUGGCUUACUUACAGCAAGAACAGGCUAACCGAAACAAGCAUGAAAAGCUGAGCACAUUUGGGCUUAUGUGCAAAAUGGCAGAUCAGACCCUCUUCUCCAUUGUUGAGUGGGCCAGGAGUAGUAUCUUCUUCAGAGAACUUAAGGUUGAUGACCAAAUGAAGCUGCUUCAGAACUGCUGGAGCGAGCUCUUAAUCCUCGACCACAUUUACCGACAAGUGGUGCACGGGAAGGAAGGAUCAAUCUUCCUGGUUACUGGGCAACAACUGGACUAUUCCAUUAUAGCAUCACAAGCCGGGGCCACACUCAACAACCUCAUGAGUCAUGCACAGGAGCUGGUGGCAAGACUUCGUUCCCUCCAGUUUGAUCAACGAGAGUUUGUGUGUCUGAAAUUCUUGGUGCUGUUUAGUUUAGAUGUCAAAAACCUUGAGAACUUGCAGCUGGUGGAAGGUGUCCAAGAACAAGUGAACGCCGCGCUGCUGGACUACACAGUGUGCAACUACCCGCAGCACACGGAGAAAUUUGGGCAGCUACUUCUUCGACUGCCGGAAAUCCGGGCGAUCAGCUUGCAAGCAGAAGAAUACCUCUACUAUAAGCACCUGAAUGGGGAUGUGCCCUAUAAUAACCUUCUCAUCGAAAUGCUGCAUGCGAAGAGAGCAUGAGUUACAGUCCCUGGGAGCUUGCUCUCGGAACAGAAAGAGACUGGAGGGAGGGAAAAGAACAGGAAGAGAGAAGGAAAAAAAAUACUCUGAACUGCUCCACACAACGCUGAUUAAAAACUCGCUUUAAAGAUAUUGAAUUUUAAGAGGCAUAAUAAUCAAAUACUUAAUGGCAAACAAUUGAUGUAUCAGGGUAUUUGUACUGUAAACUGUGAACCGAAGGCUUCACGUCCCCAGAGGGUCCAUAUGAAAGUGGCCUGAGCUCACAGAUGGAUUCCAGCACCACAUCAGAGUACAAAGGGACAGGACAAUUCUUGUAUAUUUGAACUGAUCUCUGUUAUGAAGAAAUUUAGGAAUUAAUCUGUGUUAAUAAUGGGAUUCAUUCACUGAGGGGUUGGAACUUACAGAAUUCCUCCAUGGUGAAGUUGAAGAGCUGUCCACGCAGCCCCGCCCUCGCCCAGAAGGCCCCACACCUCUCAGCUGUGAUCUCCCAAUCCAUACCAAGAACCUGUGUUCAGCCACACCCAGUAGUAGCGCCACUAAAUCAUGAAUACUGAAUGUCUGUGUCUUAGACCUGCCGAAACCUAUAAGAACAGUGUAUAAAGAUGUCAGCUUGCCAUUUUCAAUAUGUUCUGGUUUGUUUUGUUGCGUGUCAGUAAUUUUUGGAGAAAAGCAGGCAGUAUCUCUCUUCUAUAUAAGCAUUGAUUAAUUAAUAUUAAGAAAAAUGACUGCAAUUUUUUUAAGCAAAUGCUCCUUACAAGCAAGUUAGCUUUUAUUUUUUCUGCUACUGUUGCUGAAAUGUGGCUUUGGCAUGGUUGGAUUUCAUAAGACUAUCUGGCCAAAAGGCUUGUUAGUAUACAUCUGUCUUUCUAGUCACCAAGGUGUGUAGUUCACUUAAAAGUAAAACAUUAAAUAUCUUUUGCUGGGAUGUCAAAUAGUCACAAUUUAAGUAGCUGAAAAGUCGAAGCAUGUUGAGCAAUGCCAAACCAAAAGAAAGGAUGAGCUGAUAAAUUGAUUGGCUCAAGUUUCAUUCCAGUUGCAUUUGGGUAUGUCCUAAACUCGGGAGGGAAGCAGUGAUUCUGCAUAUGGCCUGGAAAGAGUAAGUCAUCCAACAGCCCGCAAAGGGGAAUGGAAGAGAGUGAUACUGACCCCUCUUAAGUUGUAGACCAAAGGCUGCUGUAGAAGGAAUUUUGGAGGACAGAGAUGGCAAACGCACUCUCUGAACAACACCGUCAGUAUUAACAUGCGAUGCCACAGGUAUGAAAGUCUUGCCUUACUUCACAAUCCUGAAAGGUAGCUGUGCAGAUGUGUAUCGACAUUUGUUUAAAACAAAGUAUUAAUACUUUAAAGUCAAAUAAAAUAUAGUGUUUACAUUCUUUAGGUCCUGGGGGGAGUGGGGGGAGGGAACCGUGAUAUUACAAAAUAGCGAAAGCAGUAAUUUCUUUAAUGUUAUUUUUCUGGUUGGUAAUUAUUUUUAACAGUACUUAAUUACUGUAUGUCGUGAGACACUAAAAUCAAAAGUGGGACUCUCAUUUAGACUUUAAUUUUUUGAGAUUACCGGCAGCACAAUCACUUGUAGAAACUGUAAAAAAAUUAAAGUAUCUCCUAGUUCCUUAAUUUUUUCAUAAGUGUUUCUGGCUUUUGAAUAGUUUAUUUAUAUUGUCUAUCAUAGUUUCAAGUGUAGACAAUUAUGAUGCUAAUUUAUUGUUCCUUUGUUUCACUUUUGUAUAAGAUAUAACCAAGAUGGAAGAAACCAAAUAUAUGUGUUUACUGUAGCAUGUCUUCAAGUUAGUGGAACAUAGUUCAGGGGUAUAGAAGGGUCUUAAUGAGUAAAAUCAUCCACUUGAUUAAAUGUCUGUAAAUCUACAUAAUUCUUCUGUAGUUUAUUUAAUAUCCAUUGUAAAUUAUGUGACUUGUAGCUUUCUCUGUUUUAAGUAAAUUUAAUGAGGUGGCGUCUUACCUGGUUUUCCUUUGAAGCACUGUAAGUUAUAUACCAAAGAUAUUAGUUUAUCACUUCAGUGUGUACAAAGAUUAUUUUAUUCCUUUUCUCAGUCACCUCUGAAUACCAUCCACAUGAAGGUGCUAUGACUCAUGCCAUGUUGUAGUCUGGGUGUUAUCUUCUUGGUUCAAAGGAUGGGAGGUCACUAAUCAGAGCUCAGAUCCAAAGCAUUCAAGAGAAUGGCAGCAUUGCUGAUCCUCUCAAUUAGAACCCAAGUUGGUUAAAGGCACAUGGAGAGGCAUGGUGUUGUCAAUGGUUGAUGAGACGGCUCCAUCCUGUUUGUCAACCUGGGUGGAAGAGAUUCUGAGACUCGAAGGAUGGUUAUUUAGAGGGAUUUUAGCAUUACAAAAAAAAAAAAAGAAAAGAAAGAAAAAAAAUCCAUGUUUUCUUAUUUCAAAUAAUAGAGUACUCCCUACUGAAUGUUAAUCCUAAAAACUGUCAAAUACUGGUGUCGUUAACCUAUAGAUUGUGCCCUGAAAACAGUUAGAGAGACAGGCAAUAGAGUCACACCCACACUGCUGGUGACCCCAACGACAGAAGCAGAGAAGCAAGCCUGUGCCGUAGCAGCACCUGGGGUAUACCCAGAGCUGGCUGGUGAUAUUUGUCUGAUGUCAGUUGUUCACCAGUUUGUAACCAGGCAUUUACUUAGCCAACUGCCUUAUCAAUUACGGGAUUCACUAGUGAAAGCAGACUCAAGUAAAAAGGUUUUUGGCUGAGCUGGGUUUCUUAGAGUUGGUCUCUGUAAACAGACAAUCUGUAAUGACUGAAUAUUUGUCUUACAGAUUUCUGUAGCUGCCUUGGACUUGAAUCCAUGCAGUGUUUAGAGUGUGAAGUCAGCUACUUGUUGACGUUUCCUACUGUAUCAGUGAAAUACAUAUUGUCACGUUAGUUCUUCUUGCCAGGAAUUUCUCACUAAAAUGGAUUUUUUUUCAGUAUUUCAAUAAAUAUUGAUAUGCCCAGCCUGA